AUGGCAACCGGAAGCCUGCUUCGCAACACGGUGAUCGUACUAGUGCUUCUAGCUUGUCUGAUGCUGGACCAAUCGAAACAGGAAGAAUCGACGGCCGAUCUUGGAUUCGGUUUGGAAUUGCUUCUUGCCAAAUUUGAUGAGUUAAAUCUCAGAAUACUGACCUUAGAACAGCAGAAUCGGGAAAUUUUGAACAAAACCAUGAGCUGCACAAAACGCCCAGCAAAAGAUCGACCACAAAUUAAUCCCGCUAAAUCGAAUGAAACCAGUAUGAGUGCGAGUGGUUUUGAGUUUGACAAGUUGGUAGUUGCUGAAGAAUUUCAUGAAAAUGAGGUGUACCGGUCAUGCUCCGAGAUUCCGUCCGGCGAAGAGGGAAAAUAUUUGCUCCGUCCUACGACGGAAGAUGGUCAGCCGUUCUAUGCUGUUUGCAACAAUACCGAUGGAAACGGGUGGAUGGUGAUACAGCAUCGUUUCAAUGGUGUGGAGAAUUUUUAUCGAAACUGGACUGAUUACAAGCACGGAUUUGGGAGUUUAGAUGGCGAGUUUUGGUACGGCUUAGAUCGGAUUCACCUAUUUACCAGCAGCCGUAAGCACGAGAUAAUGUUUGAGCUAACGGAUUCUACUGGGAAAGUUGCGACUCCGAAGUAUAAUCCGUUUACUGUUGGUAGUGAAACAGAAGGUUAUAAACUAAAGGAGCUGGGUCCAUACACUGGCACCGGUAGUGAUUCAUUUGAAUAUCAUAGAGGAAUGAAAUUUUCAACGUAUGAUCGUGAUAACGAUCAAUUUGCAUCAAGUUGUGCAGAAACAUAUCAAGGUGCAUGGUGGUAUAAAGGUUGCUAUUACAGCAAUCUCAACGGCAAAUAUAAAAGCGGCAAGGUGGAUGUGACGUCCAUGUGUUGGAACUCAUUUCCCCGAGCGACUGUAGGUUUGCAGCGUUCCAAGAUGAUGAUACGCGAAGUUUGAGUUACUGUGGGAAUCUCUCGACCUGAGUUGCUGAACUUGUUGGAUGACCACAAAAUAAGCGCAUAUAACUCCUUUUGGGAAUAGAUUGCUAACGAAACAACAAGA